ACCGCCAUUCUCUUUCAUUUCAACAAAUUUUCAAAUUGCGAUCACCACCAUUAUCAUCUGAAUCUCUCUCGAUCCUCUGAAAAUGCAUGCAUUCAAGUAAAUCUCCGAUUCCACGAUUUCUUAUUGUUCUGAUUGUGAUGUGUAUUCUGACUUAGCUUGUUGAUUGCUUUCAGUUUCAGACCAGAAGAACAGUUGCAGCUCGCUGAACGUGAACAAAACUUGUUCAAAUCUAUUGAUAGCCGUUUGAAGCUCGUUGAUCACUUUUUCCAAUCCAUUGAUAAACUGAUCUCUCAUGGAAUUAAUGCUGGGGACGUAAAGAAGUUUGAAGAGGCAGAUAUCUACACCUGCAUUAGUGGCUUGAUGAUGCCCAUGCAAAAGAACUUGAUUGGGAUCGAAGGGUUAUCCGAGGCAGAAGUUGACAAGAUCUAUGAAGCAACUGAGAAAAUACUGAGGAAGGCAGUAGUUUGCAUCACAACUGGAAGCCAAGCACUGGAUGAACUCUCGGGUGGAGGGAUAGAAACUUCAGCAAUCACUAAAGCUUUUGGUGAAUUCAGUUUAUUCAGAUCUGGAAAGACACAACUUGCUCAUACUCUCUGUGUAUCUACUCAGGCUGAAGCAGGGGAUGAUGUAUUCCCUAAACCUCCACUUAUCCACUGGGAGAACAUCAAGAGAAAGUUCUUCUUACCAAAGAUUAUUGGAACAAAUGACACAACAUGACCACUUGAUGAAAUCUGGAGGGAAGUCCGGGCUAGCUUGCACUAUUCCACAGGUACCCGCUACCCCACCAGCACAAGUACGGAGUAAUUCUAUCCACCAAAGCAUGGACAGAUGGGAAUAUAUAGGAUAAUUAGAUAUAUGUAUAGUGGUGAUCUUAUUAGUGAAGGACUUCAUAUAUUUAAUCUUUUUCCGAGGGUAACGAAGUGAGCACACAUCUUUUAUUGGAAUCUGCUAGUAAUGUCACAGUUAACUCCCAUUUUUGUGGUGCUGCAAAAUCUUUAUUUCGAGUUUUGAAUACUUUUGAUGAAUUUGUUGACCUUGGCUCAGAAAACUCAUGGUUUGUCUGUACCUUGUAUGGUCAA